AUGAGCUCUGCUUCUUACAGAUCAACACGUUCCGCUCUGGAGAAAACUUUAUCGUUUGAGGAUGUUGUCAUGACGGGUUUGGCUCAUGACGGUGGCCUAUUUGUCCCAUCCUCAAUUCCGUCCUUAGACAAAAGCUUUAUUGAAGACUGGAAGAAUCUCGAUUUUCAACAGUUGGCUUUUAAAAUUAUGAGGUUAUACAUUUCGACCACUGAUAUCCCAGAUAAUGACCUCAGCAUUUUGAUCGAAAAGUCCUACUCGACAUUUAGGGAAUCAGAGGUCACUCCGCUCAAAACAUUGGAUGCUGAUAAGCAAAUCUUUCUUUUAGAAUUGUUCCACGGUCCUACAUACGCUUUCAAAGAUGUGGCUUUACAGUUUGUGGGAAACCUUUUUGAAUACUUUUUGGAGAAACGCAAUAAGCUGGUGUCUGAUGAAAUCAACAAACACAGAAUCACAGUAGUGGGCGCAACUUCUGGUGACACUGGCUCUGCCGCCAUCUACGGUUUACGUGGCAAGAAGAACGUGUCUGUGUUCAUAUUAUAUCCUACAGGUCGUGUUUCACCAAUUCAGGAAGAGCAAAUGACGACCGUUGAGGAUCUGAAUGUACAUACACUUUCAGUGAAAGGUACCUUUGAUGACUGCCAAGACAUUGUUAAACAGAUUUUUGGUGAUAGAGAUUUCGACAAGAAGUAUAGUGUUGGUGCUGUGAAUUCAAUCAAUUGGGCGCGUAUUUUGGCCCAGAUGACAUAUUACUUUUACUCAUAUUUUCAACUCAUGAAACUGGUUGGCUGCUCUGACAGGAAGAAAGUUAGAUUUGUUGUCCCGUCCGGAAAUUUCGGUGACAUUCUCGCGGGGUUUUAUGCCAAGUCAAUGGGAUUGCCUGUCGACAAAUUGAUAAUUGCCACGAACGAGAAUGACAUUUUGGACAGAUUCUUGAAGCAUGGUAGGUAUGAGAGGAGUGGUGAGGUGAAGGCCACAUAUUCCCCUGCCAUGGAUAUUCUCAUCUCCUCGAAUUUUGAAAGAUUGUUGUGGUACUAUAUCCGCCAAAAUCUCACAGAGCAAGAUGACAAGGAAGCAGGAAAGAUACUAAACUCUUGGAUGUCACAGUUGAAAUCAGAUGGUUCAUUCACAGCCGACGCCUCUGUUGUGGAACAAGCGAGGAGCGAUUUUGACUCCAAUCGAGUGAGCGACGAGGAAACAAUUGAGACAAUCAAAAAUAUUUACGAUGCCCAUCCAUCAAAAUACGUAUUGGAUCCUCAUUCCGCCAUCGGUGUCAAGACUUCCCUUUCAUUUGCCGCGAAAGACGCCGAAAGAAACGCUAACUAUAUAUCUUUGGCUACGGCUCAUCCGGCUAAAUUCGCCGAAGUUGUUGACAAAGCUUUACUGGCUGUUGAAAGUUAUUCUUUUGAGAGGGAUGUUCUCCCUACCGAACUAAAGGCUUUAUCGACGAAGAAGAAGCGCAUCACAUUAGUCGAUGAGGUGUCCGUUGAAAAAGUCAAGGAGAUUAUAGUGGAGAAGUUGGGACAGUGA